GCGAACUAAUUUUCUUCGACAGCGCCGUUUUAUUAGAGAUAAUUCUAAUCCUACAGAGCUACCUAACACAGUGUAUGUAUCCAGUUCAAUUAUAAUGAAUAAUAAGAAGUUUUUGUUCAAUGUACACGUUUUUGUAGAUUCGUUGCGAAUUUCCGCUUGAACAAGGACGCAUUUAUGUAUGUCCUGGAUAAAAUAAAAGACAAAUUUCAUUGUCGGAUGUCGUCUUCCAUAACGCCCAUAUUAAAAUUGUGUGCCGCACUCAGAUUUUUUGCACAUGGCAGUUACCAACAAGCUAUAGGGAAUGAAUUUCAGUUGGGACUUGCUCAACCAACAGUUUCCCUUAUUUUAAAGGAGAUCAUACCCAUUUUGGAAAAUGAAAUUUGUCGUACCCAUAUAAGCGUAGAUAUGAGUGAAGAAGAAAAGCAGCAGGCAAGGAGCAAAUUUUAUUCAAGAUCGGGAAUACCAAAUGUAAUAGGCUGCAUCGAUGGAACCCAUAUUGCGAUUUAUAUCACAAACAAACACCUCUAUCUAAACAGAAAAGGAUUUUUUAGCAUAAAUGCAAUGAUUGCUUGUGAUCAUGAUAUGAAUAUCCGUUUUGUGGAUGCUAGAUAUGCUGGUUCUACACACGAUUCGUUCGUAUGGAACAAUAGUUCUCUAAAGGCAUGUUUAGAGGCAGCGCAUCAAAAUGGAGAUCAGAACUCUAUUUAUUUAGGUGACUCCGGAUACCCACUAAGCCCUUAUUUAUUAACACCUUUCCGUCAUGCAGAAUCCGGAACUAGGGAGUCAAUUUUUAAUAAGAAGCACGCGAAAGCGAGAAAUGUUGUUGAACGUACGAUUGGAGUUCUGAAAUGCCGUUUCAGAUGUCUUCUGAGUGAUAGAAAAAUGCGCUACGAUCCUGCUAAAGUAACAUCUGUGAUCCGGAAGAGGCUGAAACCUUCUUUGAUGCCGUUGUACCAUUGGAACCAAUUAAUGAAAAUGGCAAUGGUUCACCAGGAGAGCGCCGCAGAAGACAAAUUGCUGAUGCUUUGAUGUAAAUGAAACUAUACCGACUUCAGUGAAUAAUAUAUUGUAUUCUUUUAUUUUAUUCAAUACUUUGAAAUUCAAUAUUACAUAGAUAAUAAAUAUAUAAAAAUUACAAAAACUACAUGCUUUUAAAUUAAAUUAAAAAAAUCACAGAUUCAAUUCCGUCACUUACAAUAAUAAAGUAAAAAUAAAUUCAUCACAUGUUUUCUUAAAAAAAUCACAGAUUCAAUUCCGUCACUUACAAUAAUAAAGUAAAAAUAAAUUCAUCACAUGGUUAAAAUAUGAAAUAAAAAAAAAUUCAUCACAUUCUUAUGAAAUAAACUAUAAACUAAAUUCAAUCUAUUUACAAGCACCCUAUUUUUUUUGCAUUUUUAAUUUUAAAAUUUGUAGUUUUAUUUCCAUCUUUUCUUUAUGU